AUGGCACUGUACGAAGCUCUGUAUGGGCGAAGGUGUAUAUCACCAAUUGGUUGGUUCAAAGUUGGAGAAGCAGAGUUGUUAGGACCUAAUUUGGUCUAUAAGGCAAUGGAGAAAGUCAAGUUGAUUCAAGAGCAUUUGAAGAUGGCUCAGAGUCUCCAAAAGUCCUAUUCAGACAUGCGACGUAGAGACCUAGAGUUUCAAAAAUUCAUGGGAUUCACUUCCCUUGUGGUUCCUAUGGAGACUAUAGGGGUUAAAGACAUCCUGACUUACGUAAAAUUUCUAGUGUCAAUCCGUGAUCGUAAAAUCCGCAAGCUCAGAACUAAGGAAAUUACUUCAGUGAAAGUGCUUUGGAGAAAUCAAAAGGUUGAAGAGGCAACGUAG